UAAGCUUAAAUCGUCUCAGAAGGACAAGGUCCGCCAGUUUAUGGCAUUUACCCAGGCUGGUGAAAGGACUGCUAUAUACUGCUUAAUGCAGAAUGAAUGGAAACUAGAAGUGGCAACAGACAACUACUUCCAGAACCCGGACUUGUACUACAAAGAAUCCAUGAAAAAUUCAGUAGACAGGAAGAAAUUAGAACAAUUGUAUAAUCGAUACAAAGACCCACAAGAUGAAAAUAAAAUUGGCAUUGAUGGGAUUCAACAGUUCUGUGAUGAUUUAAGCCUGGACCCAGCCAGUAUCAGUGUUCUGGUUGUAGCAUGGAAGUUCAGGGCAGCUACUCAAUGUGAAUUCAGUAAAAAGGAAUUUGUUGAUGGCAUGACAGAGUUGGGGUGUGACACCACAGAAAAACUAAAAACUCUAUUGCCAAGACUGGAACAAGAGCUAAAGGAUCCAACAAAGUUCAAAGAUUUUUAUCAGUUUACUUUUAACUUUGCUAAAAACCCUGGACAAAAAGGUCUAGAUCUAGAAAUGGCAAUUGCGUAUUGGAAUUUAGUCUUGUCAGGAAGGUUUAAAUUUCUAGAUCUCUGGAAUAAAUUUUUGUUGGAACAUCAUAAAAGAUCAAUUCCAAAAGAUACUUGGAAUCUUUUGUUAGACUUUGGAAAUAUGAUUGCAGAUGAUAUGUCCAACUAUGAUGAAGAAGGAGCGUGGCCUGUUCUUAUAGAUGAUUUUGUGGAAUAUGCACGACCAGUAGUUACAGGAGGAAAACGUAAAACUUCCUAACCCCAGACUUGUCAGUAUGGACUAAACGUGUGCUCUGAACUGCAUUAGGUAAUGAAGAUUUCUUGACUGAUAACUGUGCACAUUGUUGCUGGUUUCAGUGGUCAUGAUGGCAUUCUGCAGACAAAACUGAAAUUCUUCCUUUCUGCCUAAAGAAAAUAAUGGCUGACUUGUGUACACUUCAAGAACAAACUCCGAAGAUAGUCCAGGCUGUUUGUAGGCUAUUGGCUUCAAUUAUUGUACCAUAAUAUGUUGUAUCAUAUAGGAUGUAGAUUUUUGCAUGAUUUUAUACUUUGGAGAAGUUUAACUAGAGGCCAUUUUAUUACAGUUUUGACAGCACAGCAUGCAAUUCAGUUCAUGAUCCAAAGUGAACACCAGCAGUUACAUAAAUAAAACUGUAUUAUAUUGUACUUAUAUUAAAAGCAGUAUUUGUGGUAUAUAAAUUAAAUCCCUAAAUAAGACUUA